AUGAAGCUCACCCUCUUCACCCUCCUCACCACCCUCCUCACCUUCACCACGGCCGCUCCAGCCAUCACGCCCGCCAACAACCUCAUGACCGACCCACCAAUGGCCUGCUACAACAUCUACUGCAACCCCGAGGUCUUCGGCGACGAGCAGUGCCUCAACCACGGCUGCGGCAAGUGUACCGUGGGGGUCAAUAAGUGUGCUUCGACUUAA